AUCUUGGGAAAAUCAGCUGAUAGGCAGAUAUUCAUGAAUUAGAAUGCACUGUUUUAAAUCUUUAAGAAUUACUUACACAUUGAGGAAAUGAGCAAAAGGAACAGAUGCUGCUGGUCUGUAACUCCAGUAUGGAAGAAAUGUUGGACGUUUUUCUUACCAGUUUGCGCAUUCACCAUUAUGGCAUAUUUAGUUGGUUUUAAUUAUUUUACUUCCAAGAGGAUGUAUGAUUUGAAGGAAAGAAUCAGCAAUGAAGAUGUAAGUGAAAAUUAUAGAUUUGAACUGCCAGAUGCUAUGAACAUUACAACAGAACAUACACCCACUCAACGACAUCCUUUGUUCAUCAGUAAUACAGAGAAUACCGAGGCCUUCCGAAAUUCCCACAUAAUGAUAAGUACUGGUGUAGGGCGUUUAGGAAAUCGAAUGUUUGAAUUCGCAUCACUUCUAGGAAUUGCCAAUCGUCAUAAUUAUAAACCUAUGAUUUUGCGCAGAAAUACGUUACUGCAGGUUUUUGAUAUUUCACAGGUGACUGAUUCUGAACCUUUGAACUUAAAAGGUGUCGGGGAAAAGGGGGCGGGGGUAUAUGACAAAUCACUAGAAAAUUUAAGUCAUGACAAAAACUAUUCGUUAGGUGGAUUUUAUCAAAGCUGGAAAUAUUUUGAUUUCAUUAAAGAUGAAGUGAGGAAAUCUUUCAAGUUCAAAUCUGGAUUAUUAAGCAAAGUUCGACAACUGCAGACUUCACUGAAUAUUGGUGACAAAAUUACCGUUGGUGUUCAUGUACGUCGUGGCGACAUGGGAAGCAAACGAGAACUGUCUCGAGGAUACAAUGUUGCCACAAAGGAAUAUUUUGACAAAGCAUUCCAAUAUUUUCGGGGGAAAUUUAAAAACUUAUUAUUUCUUGUUGUGAGUGCUGAAAUGUCUUGGUGCAAAAGCAAUAUGAAAGGUGACGACAUUAAAUUCGUAACAACAGGAAGUGCCGGGGGAGACAUGGCACUUCUUGCUCAUUGUAAUCAUAGCAUUGUGUCCACGGGUAGUUUUGGAUGGUGGGGGGCUUACCUCGCAGGGGGAGAAGUUGUGUAUUAUCGAAAUUUUCCAUCCAGUGGCAGUUGGCUGUCAAAACAAUAUGACAGGACGGAGUAUUACCCCUUGCAUUGGGUUGGCAUGGAGUGAUUUCUGCUGAUCAUUAUCACAAGGAGUUUUUAUCCUUUAUUUAUGAUUUUGUAUGUUUUCGA